AUGACUGAAUCAGAUGCGGAUAUAUCCAAUUCACCAGAAAAUAUACACAUCUUAUCACCUUACGAUGAUUUUUUGUUAAAAUCAGAUUUUUCUUCUAUAGAGGACUUAGAUCCAUUGCUUGAGGGCGGGUUUAGAAAUGUAUACGACCGAAUUUGCAACUCGAAAAUUGAAUAUUCCGAACAAGCCAAUGACAAUAAAUCAACAAGUGAUUCUGAUAAAAUCGACAUUGCCAUAACUGAUUCACUGCGAUUCAAGAUUUAUGUAAAGGACAAGGACGAAGGGUUUGAUAUCAUUUCAUUACAUAUCAUGAGUGAAAACGAUUUAUUCUUCCAUUUUACACAUACGGUUAAUAAAGAAGAUUAUAAACAUAUAAACAGGGCGCAAGAAUUGUCAAUAAACUUCGAAGACUACAGCAAACUGUUGGCCAAGUUGAUAAAUACUUGUAUUAAUUCUCCAAACAAAUUUUACCCUGUGUUUACUAUAAGCCGUGAUAUGAGCGCAGAUUUGAUAUUUUUUCAGAAUUUGGAAUAUCGUCUAAUGGAAGUACUGAAAUGUAAAUGUAUUCCUUCAAAUGAGUCUACACUGCAUUCAAUAAUUGAUUAUCGCUAUAAAGUACUCAGGGCUAAAUUAUCUGCUACAAUGAAACGUCUACAUUGUUAUAGUAGUUAUGUAAAAAAUAUACAAUCUGAGAUGGAGUCUCUCGAAUUUAACCACUAA